AUGUAGACAGUUGUAAACAUGGCGGCCGCACUGGGCAGAGUCCUGUCCUUCAGUAAAAAUGUUAAGACGCUUGUCUCACCCUUGAGACUGACUGCUGUACCUGCUCACCGUUACAGUUUAGAGGUUUCCAGCACCGGCGAGCUUAUCACUCACACUGGACAAGUGUUUGAUGAAAACGAUCCCAGGAGAGCCAGAUUUGUUGGAAGGCAGAAAGAGGUGAAUAAGAACUUUGCCAUUAAGUUGGUGGCAGAGGAGCCGGUGUCUGAGGUCGGGACCAGAGUGGUGUCAUGUGAUGGAGGUGGAGGUGCUUUGGGUCACCCCAAAGUCUACAUUAACCUGGAUAAAGACACAAAAGUGGGCACAUGCGGCUACUGUGGAUUACAGUUCAAGCAGAAGCACCAUCACUGAAACAGCUGCUCUGUCUUUGCUUCCCUGUAUAAAUUGCCAUAGUGGUUAAUAAAUUAUAACUUGUCUGUUUGA